AUCUGUACGAUGAAGGCGCUGAACUAGAAGGCAGAUCCCAGCUCCAGCGACUUGCCCUCAAGCCCCUGCUCCUCCUGCUUCCCCCAGCCCUGGCUGCGGGUGGCCACAUGCAGUCGUGGAGAAGAAAGUCCCUCUGGCUGGCACUGUCGGCCUCUUGGCUCCUCGUCCUUCUGAGAAUCUUCCCCCUUCUCCGCCUGGCAGUGCCUGCCAGACCUUGGGUAGGGGCUCCCCAAGGCUGGCCCCGCUGGCUGGAUGCAGAGCUCCUGCAGAGUUUCUCCCAGCCUGGGGAGCUCCCAGAAGAUGACCCUCAACCUCCUCAAGCCCCCCGUGGUGGCAGCUGCGACUGGGGAGCUUGCUUUGAUGUCUCCAAGUGCAGGGGUGGUGGUCUCAAGGUGUUCGUGUACCCGGUGGCUGGCCCGAUCUCUGACACUCACCGUGGGAUCCUGGCUUCCAUUGAGAGCUCUCGAUCCCGCUCCGUCAGCCCUGAUGAGGCCUGCCUCCUCCUCCUCCUCAGCCUGGAAGCCCCCACUGGAGAGUGCAGCCCAGUGCCCCAGCAAUGGAAUGGGGGCAGGAACCAUCUGGUCCUCAGUCUCCACUCAGCCUUCUGCCCCCAGACCUUUCAUCUGGGACAGGCGAUGGUGGCCAAGGCCAGCCCCACGGUGGACACCUUCCGGCCUGGCUUUGACGUGGCCCUCCCGCUUCUCCCUGAAGCCCACCCAUUGCGAGGUGGGGCCCCUGGCCGGCUGGGACAGCACAGCCCCCACCCUGGGGUGCCCCUGCUAGCCCUGGCGGAGGAGAGGGGCGGGUGGCGCACAGCAGUCCCUGACUCCUCUGCCUGCCCCUGGGAUGGGCGCUGUGAGCAGGACCGUGGACCUGAGCAGACCCACCCUGGGGCAACGCUACCCAAUGCCACCUUCUGCCUCAUCCCUGGCCACCGUCCUGAUGCUUUGCACUUCCUCCAAGCCCUGCAGGCUGGCUGCAUCCCUGUGCUUCUCAGCCCUCGGUGGGAGCUGCCCUUCUCCGAGGUCAUCGAUUGGACCAAGGCGGCCAUCGUAGCUGACGAGAGGCUCCCAUUUCAGGUCCUUGCUGCCCUCCAGGAGAUGCCCCCCUCGCGGGUCCUUGCCCUGCGUCAGCAGACCCAGUUUCUAUGGGAUGCCUACUUCUCCUCAGUGGAGAAAGUCAUCCAUACCACUCUGGAGAUUAUUCAGGACCGGAUCUUUGGAGCAUCUGCUCACCCCUCGCUACUGUGGAACAGCCCCCCAGGCGCCCUCCUGGCCCUGCCCACUUUUUCCACAAGCCCCUUGGACUUCCCCUUCUACCACCUACAACGGGGCUCUCGGCCUGUGGGCAGGUUCAGCGCCCUGAUCUGGGUGGGGGCCCCAGGCCAGCCCCCCCUGAAGCUCAUCCAGGCGGUGGCAGGCUCCCAGCACUGUGCCCAGAUCUUGGUUCUCUGGAGCAGUGAGAAGCCACCCCCACCCAGGUGGCCCAAGACGACAGUGCCCUUGACAGUCCUGGAGGGGCAGAGGAAGGUCAGUGACCGCUUCUUCCCGCACAGAGCCAUCAGCACUGAUGCCGUCCUCAGCCUCGACGCCCAGAGCAGUCUUACCACAAGUGAGGUGGACUUCGCUUUUGUGGUGUGGCAGAACUUCCCUGAGCGGAUGGUGGGCUUCCUGACAUGGAGCCACUUCUGGGACGAGGCCCGGGGUGGCUGGGGCUACACUGCCGAGAGGGCCAACGAGUUCUCCGUGGUUCUCACAUCAGCUGCCUUGUACCACAGGUAUUACCACACCCUCUUCACCCACGCCCUGCCCAAGGCUCUGAGAGCCCUGGCAGAUGAAGCACCCACCUGUGUGGACAUCCUCAUGAACUUCCUAGUAGCAGCAGUCACCAAGCUGCCCCCUCUCAAGGUGCCCUACGGGAAGCAGCAUCUGGAGGCCAGACCUCCACUGGCGCCUGGGGGCCCCGAGUCGCAGCUGCCAGCCCAGGACUGCAUCAAUCGGAUGGCCGCGGAGUUCGGCUACAUGCCCCUGGUUUCCUCUCGCCUCCGUCUGGACCCAGUACUCUUCAAGGACCCCGUGUCCGUGCUGCGCAAGAAGUAUCGCAGCCUGGAGAAGCCCUAGGAAGGACCAACAGAGCCCCAGCCCUGCUCCCAGGGGGCACUGCACCUGCGGGGGAGGGGGGGGGUCAUCCCCCUCCCUUGGGACAUCUGGAGAGCCAAUCAAGGCUGACAGCCAACACGUCAGAUCCCUAUUAGCCAACCAGCCCAACGCCCCGAACUGCGGGGCCUCGCCCCACCCUCCAGUCCCACGGCUAGUGGCGGGUCACGGGUGCCAGGUGCUUGCUCUGCGACUGUGCCCUCACCCAUCGCUGAUACUUUGCCUGGAAUGCCUUUCUCGGCUUCUCUGCGGGAGCUGAGUUCUACCUGUCUUUCAGAUCUCCGCCUCCUCCACGGACUUGCCUGACCCCCAUCCCCGACCCAGGUCCUCUGCGCUUUCACAUCUGGGUGUUUCCCACACUGUUCAUGCUGCUUUGCGAGGUACAGGACCAGCCAGGAAGCGCCGGGAGGGCAGGGCCAUGUCCUCUUCUCUCUGGCCUGGCAGGUGCUUCACAAGUAUUUGACGGAUAGAAGACAUCAACUGCGUGCCUGGCCCUGUGCGGUAGUCGGGAUUGUGGACAGUGUGCCACGUGAGACAAAACUCCGCCCCCCACCCCCGGUUCCUAGUCCGGCGGUAAAACAGCUACCCGCAGACGCCUGGGUUGCCAGGCGCGAUCUUCGCACAAAGAGAGGUUGAGAAGCCAGUUUCGGGGCUUCCUGCCCGAUCUGGCAGAGCAGGGGCCGGGGGAGAAAGAGGAUGAGAACGCCAGGGGCCCGUGCCGGCCCAGCUCAGCGCUCUGCAUUACCAGCCACGACCACUAGAGGUCAGCGCCGUACCGCGCUCCCUCUUCCCGGAAAGGGAAUGGCGUUGUAAGCGACCCCUUCGGUCCCGGGUAAGGGGAUGUGGAGUGCUGGUGGGCUGAAGCCCGAGGUCUAAAAACGGGGGGGAAGAAUUUGAAAGAACAGCCCCACUCCUUUAGUCCACAUAGUCAGGACUAAGAAGCCAUUUCUAGAUGGCUGGGUGGGAGAUGGGGCUGUCGGGAGCACCCUGGCCAUGGCAGUGGAGUGGGGGAAGGGCUGCUGGGUUCUCCAGGGUUCAUCCACCUGUAACUGGAAUUAUCACUUCCGAAAUAAAGUGCGUGUCCUUG